GCUUUCGAUCGUAUGGUGUACGUAUUUUUGACAAAAUGAGUGGUUCAAGAGAGACCAUAUUUAGACCUCCAUUGGAGCCCAUUUCUCCAGUUGACCGUGGUCUAAUGAACGAAGCCAAGAACAUUGACAAACAAUUUCCUGUUUCAUGAACCCCUAGAAUGUGGACGGGGGUUACCAAUAUUUGAGAGAGUUGAGUCGAUAAUUGACAUACAGAAUUGCCAAAGUGAAUUGGUGCCCAUCUUUCUGCAUCGUAAAGCUAGAGCUUCAAAUCCCGAAACCUAGGCAAGAGUGUACCGGAAGGUUGAAAUAGUACCACUAUCAAAGCCAAAGAGGAGGUGACAUGUCUACGAGACAGCUGAUAUUUUGGAAACGGGAACUAAACAUGUCAAAAUAGCCCUCAACCAUUAACUCGUCCUUGAGGCGGAGGACUCCUCAACCAAUGCCUCGACCAAUGAGCGCGUCUGGUUUUUGGCCUCCAUUACGUGCCUUGCCAGCCUUUUUACUAUUCCUGGGGACAUUCGUUAACUAUGUGACACGUGUGAACAUUAAUAUUGCUAUUAUUUCCAUGACCAACAACGCGAGCUCCUUAUGUGCGAAUCGGUCCUCAUCUGACAGCGUAAUCGACUCCAAUGGACAUCAGAUCUUUUGCUGGACUGAAAAUCAGAAGAGUUUGGCCAAGGGAGCUUUCUAUUAUGGGUACAUUUUCCUUCAAAUUCCUGGGGGUCGUUUGUCCGAGCUCUUGGGUACGCGUUUGGUUCUUGGUACAUCUACAGCAGUCUCCACCAUCCUCACCCUUCUCACGCCGAUUUUGGCCAAAUGGAAUGUUUGGAUUCUGAUUGUGAACAGAGUCAUUAUGGGACUUGUCCAAGGGGUACUCUUUCCUAGUAUCAACCCGAUGAUGAUUCGUUGGACAUCUGAGGACGAGCAUGCUAGAUUUGCAGCUUUAGCGUCCAUGGGUGGGACAUUUGGUACUAUAUUCAUUUACCCGGUGUGUGGGAUGAUCUUAUCUGCUUACGAUUGGCAGGCUGUGUUUUACAUAUCCGGGGUAGUGAUAGCUCUGUGGGUUGUGGCCUGGUUUUAUCUAAUUACUGAUGACCCCAGUCAACAUCGAUGGAUUACCGAGGAAGAAUUACGACACAUCCGUCACAACCGGAUUCUUUCGGAUGUGGAGACCCGCCAAAAGCUACCUCUCUGUCAGAUCCUGACGAACAUUCCUGUGAUAGCAAUUGCCUUUUGUAGCUUCUCCAAUGAUUGGGGAUUGUAUCUUCUUCUGACGGAAGGACCCAACUUCAUGUCCAACGUUUUGGGCAAGGAUAUUGCCACGAUUGGUUUUUUGAGCUCACUCCCGUAUAUUGGAAGGUUUUUGAUGUCUCAGGCAUCAUCGGCAUUAGUUGACCAUUACGUGGCUCGACCACUCAUUGUUUCAAAAUUGACCAUCAGACGAAUUUGCUUUGGGUUGAUGACGCUCUCGCCAGCUUUGGGAUUGGCAAUCAUGGGGUUCAUCACCACAGAUUGGGGAUUGUGCAUUGCCGUAAUGACCUUGGCUUUCACUCUGAACGGAUUCAAUAUGCCUGCGUAUAUGAACGUAGUUGACGUGGCUCCCAGUUUUUCCGGAACAGUCAAUGGAAUCGUUAAUGGGUUUGGAGCAGGGACGGGUUUCGUUGUGCCGUUGAUUACAGCAGCUUUCACCUCCGAAAAUCCAAGCAAUCCAUUAGGGUGGCGAUAUGUAUUCCUUCUUGCUACCGUAAUCUACGGGUUUGCCUUUUGUUUCUACCUGUUUGCGGGAAGUGCCGAACCGCAACGGUUCAAUUACAUCCAUGCUGGACCGCUCGCACACAACUCUGACGAUCUAGAAGGCGAUGGCAACGAGAAUGAAAUUGGGAACUUGAUCGGGGGCGAUUGAUGGUAGAAACCUGAAAAUAUACACAUCGCACGCUUCCUUGUCAGAAUGUGUCAUCACGGGAAAGAACGUAACCGAAGCCUUGAACAACACUUGUUAUAUACUCAUCGCAUACAGGAUGGCAUUUGGCCAACUCUUUUUGCGAUAGCAAGUCAUCAUUUUUUUUCUAACCACAUUUCGAAGAAUAUACGUUUUAUCCAUUUCCUCAA